GCAGCCUAUGUAAGGCUAUGUCGUGACUCCGUCCAGGUGAGAUCAGCAGCAACCAUCGCUGGCUACUUUCGGUACAAAGCUGAGCUCAUUCAUCAGUCUCCUCCCCUGAUCCGGUUUUAUGACGUCAUAUCGCAGAGUGAGAUUGAUCACAUGACAGACGAGGCUUGGACGAAAUUGACGCCGUCUGCGCUGCACCAGAACCAGAGAACAAGCAACAGGACACAUCUACUGAGGGUCAGUCAAACAGCCUGGCUGCCAGACAACACGGUCACAAUACGUCGAUUAUCAGCACGUGUGGGGCAGAUCACCGGGCUGGACACUAGUCAGCUGCCACUGGACACACCUGCAGAACCCUUUCAGAUCGUCAACUAUGGACUGGGUGGUCUGUAUGUCCCACACGAAGACUCUGUAAGAAGAGCUCGAGAAAUGGGACAAGAGAACAGCCCGUCGCUGAGUGGGUCAGGGGACAGAAUAGCGACAUGGAUGUUUUAUCUGAGCGAUUCGGAAGCAGGAGGGGCUACAGUGUUUCCUCGUCUGAAUCUCUACGUAAGGCCGAUCAAGGGCAGUGCAAUUUUGUGGUACAACUUGAAAAGAAAUGGAGACGUUGACAAGAAACUGGUACAUGCAUCCUGCCCUGUUCUCAUUGGAAAUAAAUGGG